UUCUGGUCACACCGUUCAGCAGGCAAAACAUAAGCAAAUUGCAAUUUUAUUAUUUAGUGAAAAGAGUUAAAAAAGCAACAGUUUAACCAUGGAAAUUGCGGAUACAUACUACAGUAAAGAUGAAUACGUGGAGACAGCGUCCGGGAAUAAAGUAAGUAGGCACACAGUACUAUGUGGAUCUCAGAAUAUCGUGCUAAAUGGAAAAGUAAUUGUCCAAAGCGGUGCCAUAAUCCGCGGAGAUUUGGCCAACGUACGAACUGGGAGGUUCUGUGUAAUUGGCAAAGAUUCUGUGAUUCGACCUCCGUACAAACAAUUCAGCAAAGGAAUCGCUUUUUUCCCCAUGCAUAUUGGGGAUCAUGUUUUCGUGGGCGAAGGAGCAGUCGUUUCGGCGGCCACCAUUGGAUCUUGUGUUUACAUCGGCAAGAAUGCCAUCAUUGGCCGUCGUUGUGUGCUAAAAGACUGCUGUGUGAUUGAGGAUGGAGCUGUACUACCUCCAGAAACAACUGUAUCCAGCUACAUGCGCUACACAGCGAAAGGAACCAUUGAGGGUGGUCAGGGAAAUCCAUACUUUGUACCCGCCGCCAUGCAGGAGGAGAUGAUCAACUACACAAAGUCAUUCUACGAGCAUUUCGUACGAACACCAGCACCGGCUAGCUGAAAGUAAUAGGUUAAAAUGCUGACAUAUCUUAGAUAUCUCCCAAUUCCAUAAAGUGAAUACCGGAACCAGCCCGUUACGAAAGAUUAUUUAUGAAAUAAACAUAUAUUAGUUAUUCUACAA